AUGUCGUCGUCGGACUCGGACUUUGAACCAGACUACCCUGUUGAAUUCUUCAAUAAGGAGAUGCUUGUGAAUUGCUUCUUCGACAGCCAACCUGGAAGCAACAAAGAUAUGGAUUCCCUCAUCCAAGACAGAAUCAAGCCGCUCACCGAGAAAGCUCAAACCUUUUUGACUCGAGAGGUCAACAGAGCCAUCAUGAUGGGCAAGGACUGCACUUUUGUUUGCACCAUCGGCGGCAAGUACUAUUGGAAGGCUGAUGAAUUCAAGGAAUGGACGGGCCGCUUUUCGCUCAACCAAGGCGUCCUCCGUGUUGUGACUUCUUCCAAUGACUGUCUUGUGCUGCUCACGAAAUUGAAGACUGUGGUCACCGUCCUCAUCUACGGCAACAACAGGUUUGAUAUCCACAAGCCCGCUCCCAGGGUCAAGGUGGUCCCCAAGAAGAAGGCUGCUCCGAAGAGAGCCACGCCCAUGCCCAAGAAGAGGUUUGCGUCGAAGCGUGACCAGGAUGAGGAAGAGGACGGUUUCGAAGAAGACUAUGAACUUUCCCAGCAGCUCACCCCCCUCAGGGCCUACUACACCAACAAAGGGAAGUAG